AUGUUCUUGCGUAUUCAUAUAAUCUCAGUCAGUUUCUUCAUUGGAUAUGUUCUAUCAGAAGAUAUUUUACUUCCAUCAUUUAUUAUGGACACCCAGCCAUUAUCUGCGCAAUCAUCAUUUUAUCUUUGUCAUCUACAUCAAUUAAAAAAUUCAAACGAUCUUUUUCUUCAAGGUUAUAAUAUAAUUAAUGGCGCGCACACAGGUCAUGUUCACCAUUUACUUCUUUACGAAUGCUCGAUCAAGGAUAAUCUAAUAUAUUCAGGAUUGUGUGGAAUAUAUAAUGCACGUUUAAUGCCUUCAUCUGUUUAUCGUUAUUGUCAAACGCGUAUUAUAAUAGCAUGGGCUCGAGGUGGCCAACUCAACUAUGAUUAUCCGAUAAAGACAGGAUUAAAAAUGAUUUCAUCUACACAACUUCUUCUUGAAGUUCAUUUUGAACCAUCUAUUCCACACAAUCAUUCCAUUGGUAUUCAAUUACGAUUCUAUCCAUUAAAUGAAAAACCUCAAUAUGAAGUAGGUGUUUUAACAUUAGGUACAUUAGCUAAUUCACCGCUAUUUCUUCCUCCAAGUCUUAAUACAAUAAGUUUUCCAACAUAUUGUUUUAAUGAUUGUUUAAAAGGUUUUCUUAAAAAUAACUUAGUUAUCAACAUGUUUUCUAUUCUUGUUCAUGCACAUCAACGUGCAACUCGCAUAAUUCUCGAGAAGAAUAAUAAUUUCGAUCGAUUAAUUGAUCAAAACCCAUUUAAAUUUCAUCAACAAGAAAUGAUUUAUUUUCAUAAACCUUAUCCACAAAUCAAUUCAACCAAUGAACUUUCCUUAAUAUGUUAUUAUUCAACGCAAAAUGAUCAUUUGAAAGGUAUUUAUGGUGGUUAUGAUUCAAAUAAUGAAAUGUGUCAAGCAUUUAUUUAUUAUUAUCCAAAAGUGGAAUCAUUUCCAUUAUGUCUUUCAUUACCUGUUUAUAAAAAUAAACAUUUAAUGAAUAAUAAACGAAAUUGGACUAAUAAAUUAAGUUUAUUUAUCAAAGAUGAAUUAGAAUCAAAUAUAAAUCAUCUUAGUCUGUGUGGCGAUAAUAUCUAUUUUAAUCAAAGCAAUAAAACUAUGCUUCAAACAAAAUUAUAUCAACGUUCCAUGAAAAAUUUUAAACAAUAUUCAUACGUUUAUUUACGCUUUUCUUCUAUUUUUUAUACAACUAUCACUAGUAUUCUUCUAAUUUCUAUUAUUUAUUGUUAUUUAAUUAUAAACAAAUGCUUACAUUCUUUUUCUAAUGGUGGCACUUUGUAG